UUGAAAGAGACUACUUCAUUCCAAAAUAUUUCUCUGUUUCUUCUUUCACACAUACUGAGACUUCUGUUUCUCAUCAGAAUAUUAUCUUGCGAAUGGUUUUUCCUCCAUGUUUAUGAGAUAGUAAAGAUCUUGGAGUAGCAACAAAAAUUUGGUGCAGACAGAACUCAGAUACUAAUCAGUUGAAAAAGAGCAGUGAAAGGUGAAAAUGGAGGAUCUCUGGAACCUAUUUUGUGGGCAAUCUAAUUGUUCAAAUCCCAAUUCCGCGCCUUGUAUUCCUCGCUUCGUGUUUGUCACUCACCCAUCAUCCUGCCUGAACCAUGCCUUCACCAUUUUUUGUGAUGUUCUGCUCUUUGCACUGCUCUUAUUCAACAUACGCUACAAAGUCUCCUCCAAGGGAUUCAAGCUCUCUGUUUGUUCUAGGCACUUCUCAUACUGGCAGAUAUCAUCAGUUGGGUUUAAUACCUGUUUGGGAAUCAUUUACAUAGGCUUAGGAAUUUGGAUUUUAGAGGAGAAUUUGAGAACUAGUCAUUCAAGUUUGCCAAUUCAUUGGUGGGUUCUAUAUUUGUUUCAAGGAUUAACAUGGUUGUUAGUGAGUUUAAUGGCUAAUCUCAAAGUAGAAUACUUCACAAGAACCUCAUUGCGAAUCGUAUCCAUCUUUGCGUUCCUUUUAGCUACGACAUUCUGUUUUUUUUCUGUUUUUUCAGCCAUUGUGCACCACGAGAUAACAGUGAAAAUAGCCUUGGAUAUGUUUUCUUUCAUAGGAGCAAGUUUGUUGCUAUUAUGUACUUACAAGGGCCAUGAAAACGAUGAAUGUUGGAAUAUCGAAAAUGGAAGUACUCUAUACACUUCUCUUGAUGGAGAGGCUAAGAGUGAUUCAGCCGGGGAUGUCUCCCCAUUUGCCAGAGCGGGGUGGUUUAGUAAGUUAACGUUUUGGUGGUUGAAUCCUUUGAUGGAAUUAAGUAAGCAAAAGACUCUUGAAGAAGAGAACAUUCCAAAAUUACGGGACUUAGAUAGAGCAGAAGUUUGCUAUCUACGAUUCAUGAAUAAGUUAAAUAAACAAAAACAGGAUGAGCCGUCUUCAAAACCAUCAAUCUUGUGGACUAUUGUUGCAUGCCAUUGGAAUGAGUUGCUUAUAUCAGGGUUUUUCUCUCUUUUAAAGAUACUCACCCUUUCGGCAGGACCUCUUUUGUUGAAUGCAUUCAUUGAGGUUGCAGAGGGAAACAAAGCUUUCGAAUACGAAGGCUAUGUUUUAGCCGUUUCACUCUUCAUUGCAAAGAGCUUAGAAUCUUUGUCAGAAAGGCAUUGGUACUUUCAGAGUAGAUUGAUUGGCCUUAAAGUACGGUCCAUGCUCACUGCAGCGAUUUACAAAAAGCAACUAAGAUUAUCAAAUGCUGCAAGGUUGAAGCAUUCUACCGGUGAGAUAAUGAAUUAUGUUAUAGUUGAUGCUUAUAGGAUCGGUGAGUUUCCUUUUUGGUUUCAUCAAACUUGGACUACAAGUCUUCAACUUUGCAUUUCAUUACUUAUUUUGGUACACUCAGUAGGACUUGCAACGAUUGCUGCACUUACCGUGAUUAUUAUAAUCGUUCUUUGCAACACCCCGCUUGCAAAAUUGCAGCAUAAGUACCAAAGCAAGCUUAUGGUUGCGCAAGAUGGAAGAUUAAAGGCUUUUUCCGAGGCUCUUGUGAACAUGAAGGUGCUUAAAUUGUAUGCAUGGGAAACUCACUUCAAGGCUGUAAUCGAGGGCUUAAGGAAAGUGGAAAGUGAGUGGUUAUCAGGAGUGCAAUGGCAAAAGGCCUAUAAUGGAAUUUUGUUUUGGUCGUCCCCUGUAUUGGUGUCUGCAGCUACAUUCGGGGCUUGUUAUUUCAUCAACGUUCCUCUACAUGCUAGCAAUGUUUUCACUUUUGUGGCUACAUUGCGUCUAGUACAAGACCCUAUUAGAGCUAUCCCUGAUGUUAUUAGUGUUGUCAUUCAAGCAAGAGUUGCAUUUACGCGUAUUGUCAAGUUUCUUGAGGAGCCCGAGCUUCGGACUGAAAAUGUCAAAAAGAAAAGCACUUUAGGUUGUUUGGACCGUGCCAUUUUGAUGAGGAAUGCAAAUCUUUCAUGGGAAAUGAAUUCGUCAAAACCAACAUUACGGGACAUAAAUCUAGAGGUUCGGCCUGGUGAAAAGGUUGCUAUAUGCGGAGAAGUUGGCGUAGGCAAAUCAACAAUACUUGCAGCAAUUCUUGGAGAAGUACCAUACAUGGAGGGAAAUGUUGAAGUGUAUGGGAGUAUCGCUUAUGUUUCCCAGACAGCUUGGAUCCAAACAGGGACAAUACGGGAGAAUAUUCUAUUCGGGUCUGCCAUGGACGAACAUAGGUACCAAGAAUCUCUUCGGAGGUGUUCAUUAGUGAAGGAUCUAGAGCUUCUUCCGUAUGGUGACAUGACCCAAAUAGGGGAAAGAGGAGUUAAUCUAAGUGGUGGCCAGAAACAAAGGAUUCAACUUGCUCGCGCAUUAUAUCAGGAUGCUGAUAUAUAUCUUUUAGAUGAUCCAUUCAGCGCGGUUGAUGCACACACUGCAACUAGCCUCUUUAAUGAAUACAUUAUGGAAGCACUUUCCGAAAAGACUGUUUUACUUGUAACACACCAAGUCGAUUUUCUUCCAGGUUUUCACAGUUGUUUGCUAAUGUCAAAUGGUGAAAUCCUUCAAUCAGGGCCUUAUCAUGAGUUAUUAGCCUCGAGUAAGGAAUUUUUAGAUCUGGUUAAUGCACACAAAGAAACCGCUGGUACCGAAAGGCUAACUGAGGUUGGCACAUCCAAAAAACGCAGAAAUUCUCCCAAAGAGAUCAAGAAAUCUGAUAUUCAGAACCAAUCUGGUGCAUCAGAAUGUGAUCAAUUGAUUAAACAAGAAGAAAGAGAAGUAGGAGACACGGGUCUUAAACCUUACUUAAUCUACCUUAAUCAGAACAAAGGUUAUUUAUACCUAGCUAUGGCUACAUUUUUUCACCUCAUCUUUGCCAUCGGCCAGAUAUCACAGAACAUUUGGUUGGCUUCUAGUGUUGACAAAUCUCGAGUCAGCACUUUGAAAUUGAUUGUGGUUUACCUCAUUAUUGGAGCUAGCUCAACAUUCUUUUUACUCUUGAGAUCUUUUGUUGCUGUUACAUUGGGCUUUAAUGCAUCAAACUCCAUAUUUUCUCAGUUGUUGACUUCUCUUUUUCGCGCUCCAAUGUCUUUCUAUGACUCUACACCUCUCGGGAGAAUACUUAGUCGGCUCUCUUCAGAUUUGAGCAUCGUUGAUCUUGACGUUCCUUUUAGCCUUCUAUUAUCCAUUGCAGUUACUAUAAAUGCCUAUGCUAAUCUAGUAGUUUUGGCGGUUUUUACUUGGCAAGUACUGUUUGUCUCUAUACCAGUUAUUUACAUGAUAAUUCAGUUGCAGAAAUACUAUUUUGCGACAGCUAAAGAGUUGAUGAGAAUCAACGGUACAACCAAGUCUUUGGUAGCAAACCAUUUAGCUGAAUCUAUAGCUGGAUCUAUGACAAUUAGAGCUUUCGAGGAGGAAGAACGUUUCUUUUCUAAAAACCUCGAUAUAAUCGACACAAAUGCAAGUCCAUACUUCCACAAUUUUGCUGCAAAUGAAUGGCUAAUGCAGAGGCUUGAGACCCUCUGUGCGACUGUUCUCGCAGCUGCAGCGUUAUGCAUGGUUAUGCUUCCUACUGGAACAUUCAGUUCUGGAUUUAUCGGAAUGGCGUUGUCAUAUGGUCUCUCUUUAAAUAUGUCUAUGGUUUUUGCCAUUCGAAAUCAAUGCACAUUAGCAAACUAUAUAAUUUGCGUGGAGAGGCUCUAUCAAUACAUGCAUAUACCAAGUGAAGCUCCAGAAGUUAUUCAAGACAACCGUCCUCCACAAAACUGGCCAUUUACUGGUAAAGUAGAAAUAUGCAAUCUAAAGAUAAGAUAUAGGCCAGAUACACCCUUGGUCUUAAAAGGAAUCAGUUGCACAUUUGAAGGAGGAGACAAAAUUGGUAUUGUUGGUAGGACUGGCAGUGGAAAGACUACUUUAAUUGGGGCUUUGUUUCGCUUGGUUGAACCGGUAGGAGGAAAGAUAAUGAUUGAUGGAAUUGAUAUAUGUUCGAUAGGACUUCACGAUCUACGCUCACAUCUAGGGAUUAUUCCCCAAGAUUUUACCCUCUUUAAUGGCACUGUAAGAUUCAACUUAGAUCCAUUGAGUCAGCAUAAGGAUGAACAACUUUGGGAGGUGCUUAGAAAGUGCCAACUCAAAGAGGUCGUCCAAGAGAAAGAGCAGGGUUUAGAUUCCUUAGUUAUUGAGGAUGGAUCAAACUGGAGCGUGGGACAGCGACAACUAUUUUGUCUAGGUCGUGCUUUACUAAGGAGAAGCAAGGUGUUGGUGCUCGAUGAAGCAACUGCAUCAAUCGACAAUGCAACCGACAUGAUUCUACAAAAAACAAUACGAACAGAAUUUGCUGAUUGCACUGUGAUCACAGUAGCCCACAGGAUACCGACUGUUAUGGAUUGCACGAAGGUCUUAGCCAUUAGUGAUGGAAAAUUGGUGGAAUAUGAUGAUCCAAUGAAGCUAAUGAAGAUGGAAGGGUCGUUAUUUGGCACACUUGUGAAGGAAUAUUGGUCUCAUUUUGACUCUGCUCAGCAGUCAUAUUAAACCAAAGGCAUUAGGGAAACUAUACUUAUCGAAUAAACAAAGCUUAAGUUAAAACAAUUUAUUAUCUAACUCAUUUAAGUCUCAUAAAAAGCUAAACCACUUUUUUAA